AUGACAAGUUUGAUAUUUCCUGCAGGCUUUAUAAGAGAUUUCUCAUGUCCCCGAGAUUGGUGGCAGAAUACGUGGCGGUUAGUUGCCACUCGUUCUCCCAGGCUCAACUCAACGCUUAAAGUUAACAUUACACGGGCCCCUCGAUUCUCGCCCGGUGGUAUGGUAUGCGCGGAUACCAACUCGGAGGUCAGCAUUGACUCUCAACUCACAAGUAUUAACAAACUACCUUGUAUAGUAAGAAGAGGGGUCAGAAAUAACAAUAUUGAG